GAACCCUUGGACAAAAUUUACCAUAAUUUCAUCCUCAAAGUAAAGCUGUAGCAGAACCCUUUACAGAGCGAGCCAUGCCAGGUCCCAUCAUCGAAGAAGUUGAGGUCGAGAAGAAGGUUCAGGAUGAGGAGUUCAUAGUGGAAGAUGUGAAAGAGGAAGACGACAACGAUGAUGAUGAUGAUGCGGUUGAUUCGGACGACGAUGAUGACAAGGAAGAGGAUGCCCAAGGUGGUAAUGAAAGUUCCAAGCAGAGCCGGAGUGAGAAAAAGAGUCGUAGAGCCAUGUUGAAACUUGGCAUGAAACCUCUUACAGGUGUUAGCAGGGUCACUAUUAAGAGGACAAAAAAUGUCUUAUUUUGCAUCUCAAAACCAGAUAUCUUUAAGAGCGCACAUUCGGAAACCUAUGUCAUAUUUGGAGAGGCUAAGAUUGAAGAUUUGAGCUCUCAGCUGCAGACACAGGCAGCGCAACAGUUUAGGAUGCCAGACAUGGGAUCUGUUAUGUCUAAGUCAAAUGUCUCUCCCUCUAUUGCUGCUGCUGAGGCUGAUGAGGAAGCAGAAGAAGAGGUUGAUGAGACGGGGGUUGAACCUCGAGACAUUGAGUUGGUUAUGACACAAGCAGGUGUGUCCAGGAGCAAGGCAGUUAAGGCAUUGAAGACCAACAACGGGGACAUAGUUAGUGCCAUUAUGGAAUUGACAACAUAAGCAAGUUUAUAUUACCUUCCUAUUGUUGCUCCAUCAUGAUUUUUGCAGGUUCUCUUAUAUUAUUUUUUGUUGUCACCUAAUGGGCACAGCCCAUUGAGCAAUUAGAUUGUGUUUUGUGCAAUUGAACUCAAUCAGUUCUAUCAAGAAAAAUGCGCUUUGUUCGUUUUAUAUGAUUAAUAUGAUUUGGUUCAAUUUAUCUUA